GGAGUGUGUCUUACAGAGAAAUACCAAAGCAUGCAUCGACUUUACAGUGCACUGAAGACCUACCCUCUGGAGCUCCUUCUAUAAUAACACAGAUAAGAAGAAACUGCUUGUCAGCGGUUUGGUGAAGACCACUGCAAUUCCUCCUGGCUACUAUGGAGAAGAAGAGCUUAGCUUUGUAGUCACCCCCUGUGAUUGGCUGUCACACUUUAGGCUCCCCCUCCUCUCUCUGACUCUCCUCUUCUCUCUUUCUCCCUCUCGCUCUCUCCCCUCCCCUCCCCUGCUUCUAACCCCCUCUUUACUGUCCUCAGGCUUACCUGAGCCACAACUGCAGAAACACUGGACCCCCUCCUCCACACACACAUACACACACAGGCUCUCUCUGUCUCUCUCUCUCUCUCUUUCUCUUUCUUUCUUUCUCUCUCACACACACACAACCACGCACACACACAUACACACACUCAGUGUUUCACCUGGAGAGGGCAGGCGCAAGGGACAGCAUGUGCAGCAACAGCAGGAGCAGCAGUCUCUCCUCACAUCCAGCGCUGCCUCUAUGAGUUGCCUCCAUCUGAAAAGUGGUGAGGAACUCUGAAAUAAGAUUUUGGAGCAAUUGACCAUUGGCAAAAGCAGGAGAGACGGGGGCAGUAAGGGAGCACUUGUCAACCCAGGGACACCAAAGGCAACACACAGCAUGAUUUUGGGAGGCAUAAACAGGGCUGGGGCAGCCGUGCCAACGUUCUUGCGGACCCCCACGGUGAUCCAGCCCCACCUGGACAUAAAGCCCUUUCUACAGUUCCCUGUGGAGACCCCCCCACCUCCACACAGCAUGAGCCUCUUUCACAGCUUCAACACGAUGGACCCAGUGCAGAAGGCAGUGAUCAAUCACACCUUUGGAGUUCCUUUGGUCAAGACCAAAAGGCCAGUCAUCUCCUGUAAUGUCUGCCAGAUCCGCUUCAACUCAGAGAGCCAGGCAGAAGCACAUUACAAAGGAAACCGCCACGCCAGGAGAGUCAAAGGCAUUGAGACCUCUAAGAGUCGUCCUCAGGAGGGAGACAAGACUCAUACUGUGCCCCCCACCUCCUCGCCAUCCCCACCUGGAGUCCUUGGCACUGCACCAAAUGGUGAUCUCAGCAAAGCAGGUACCAAACACAAAACUAUCCUGGAGGCACGAAGUGGGCUGGGCCCCAUCAAGGCAUAUCCUCGCCUGGGCCCCAAGCCCAUUGGAGAGCAGGGAGGGGGGCCAGUGGACCCCAACACUCAGGAACGAACUUUCCACUGUGAGAUCUGCAAUGUGCGGGUCAACUCUGAACUGCAACUUAAACAGCACAUAUCAAGUCGAAGGCAUCGGGACGGCAUGGCAGGAAAGCCUAACCCCCUCCUCAGCCGACACAAGAAGCACAGAGGAGCUGAUCUGACGUCUUCUUUGACCUUCUCUAAGGAUUUCACCAAAGCUUUGGGUGCAGGGCUCUUGCCCAGCCCCUUGGCUGUCGCUGCAGCAAUGGCUGCUGCAGCUUCCUCGAAUCCGCUGGCUCUUCGUGCCGCAGCUCCUGCACAUCAUCCACACCAUCACCUAUUGCAAGGCCCACCUCUAAGCCACACCAUCCUAAGACCAGCCCCUGGGCCCAUCCGUACCACCCACGGCCCCAUCCUCUUCUCCCCUUACUGACACAUCAUCCUCUGACUUCGGCCAGUUAGAAACAGCCACUCCAAAAGCACACUGUGAAGAUACAAACAUGAUCAAGAAACAGCAAUUGAUAGGGGGUGAAAAAUUAACCAUUAAAAUAUCAAGCUGAGAGAAAAGUAAAGAAAAGGAGCAGCGAAAAGGAGUAGAAGUACAUGUCUCUCUUUGUUCCCUUUACCUCUCGCUUUGUUUCAAAGAUUUCUGAGUGAUCCACAGCUUGGAAUAAGCAGAGGAGAGCUAUUCAUUAUGCAUUGAACUCACUUGUACAUCUCUCACCUCCCCUGGUCUCUCUCCCUUGUACUGUGGUCCUGCCAUGGCUGACUCAUUAGUUACAGAAGAAACAGAGACCUUUCUAGAUACAUUAAAUCAACAUGUUGUAUUACAUAACUAUUCUGGGCCAGGUUGGUUUUCUCCUGUCAUUAUGGCCCAAACUGUUCUUCUCAUCCUAUGCACCUCAAAAACCAAGACAAUAAUAUUAUGUCAGUAGGGUAGCUGCUUCCAUUGGUCUUUGCUGUACGUACCACAUGUAGCUGUGGCCGUCUCCACGGUACAGUACAUGUCCCCUUCUGUGCCAGAGACUGGUCACUCUCAAGUUUGUGACACUUAGACACAACAAGACUUUGGCUGAGAGGCAGGUAGUACCUGCAUCUGAACAUGUCUGAUGAUUGGAGGGGUUAAAAGAGUACAAAAGUGACUGUGGGUGAUUGCACUCCACUGUCAUUUCCUGAGAGGGUGAGGUGAGAGGAGGGCCGACAUGGGUCAAUGGAUGGAAUGACCCCAGGCAGCAUGUAGACACACACAGGCCCAAACAAAUCUAUGUUUUAAAAUAGACCAUACCAACAAAAAAAUCACUACAGGGAACAGCUGCCAACCUUCAUAAUGGUCAGUGAAGAACCUCAGCAAAGGGGAGAGAGGAUGAGAGAAACACUAGAAGUCACCAUUGGUACAUUAUGUACUGUACUGCUAUAUUUGAUACAUGAUCACUGUCUUUACCUUAGAUUUCAUUUAAUGGCAAGAUUUGGGGUUUUACUUGCAUUUAUGAAAUACUGUACUAGAGAGAACAUAAUUUAUAUGCAUUUGAUGAGACCUCUGUUCACAUUAGGCCAUCAUACCAUCGUGACUUCUUUACAUCUCUCUGGUCUUCAUUCAGCCUGAUUCACCGUGUAGGUGGGAAGGUAUGAUUAGGCGUAUUGAUGUAUUAAGUUGUUUCUGCUUACAGCAAUAAGGUCCUGCAGGGUCAGGCUUCUGCAUUAUUGAGUUCACCACUUCAAUCCUGCCCCAUUCUCCUCCUGCCCCCCCCAAUCUCCAAAGAUUGAUAUGAUUUUAUGGUAGAGGGCACAGUAGCACUGGCAACCACAAUGCUGAAAGGGAGCAAAUGCAAAAGAGGGCAAUGAAAGCCAAAUACAUUUUUAAAGAAAUGAUCUUGAGCUGGAGUAACAAGCAGGCCAGAAGCCCAGCGAGGCCAUGCCGGAGUGGAAGCUGAGAUGUCUAGUCUGAUGCAUCUAUUGAUAGCUCAUGUCUUACAACUGAAAGCCAUGAAAACGCACCAUGAUUUGUUUUGUUUUACAAAGACUGGUGAGCACUUUCUUUUGUUUGGUUUGGACUGUUUGUGUUUAUGUCACACAUUUAAACAAAAAGCAAAAUAGAAAAUACAAGAAAAUAUUUUUGUAGGUAGCAAGUGCUAAUAACUGCAUCCAUGAAGGGAAAAGGAGAAAUAUGAUAGAUUAUAUAAGUAUUGACAGACAGACUGACACACUGGGAGACACAGUAGGGAACCUCUAAAGGUAGCUAAGCAGCAGCAGCAGACUUAUCUUGCUCAAGAGCUUGAAACUAUAACCCUUUUCUGAACAAGAUGUACACUGUGCCCUUUCAUUGAGAAGCAAUGAUCUCUAAUGUCUUACUUUUGUCUGAAUCUUGAAAUGCAAUGAGCAAUUUUUAUCAGAGUGACUUGUUAUCAUUGUGACAUGUUGUGACAUGUUGUCUGGAGUCAUGUGUAAACUGGGAACACGCCAGCUGACAGACUUUUCUGUUCUUCCAUGAGAAGUGCAAACCCUCAAAAGAACUGAGAGAGGGACAGAGAGAGGCAGAGAGCAGAGAUGAGGCUGGGCUUAGGGACCGGCCCUUCAUAUUAAAGGGCCUUUUUACCAUGGUAAUCUCUGCUUGGGGAACAGGGUUUAAAGCCAGACAUCAGUGGAGUAAAGCUAGAUGUGUUCAACAGACAUGGUUUUAGUUGGACAUAGUGGGUCGCGUUAUUUUUUUUCUGUGUGUGAGAAAUGUGUUUAAGUGAACAUCACAUCCAGAGGAACAUUAUCAAUGCCAUUGCUUAAAGAAGGAGCUGGUAUCAUCUUCCACCGUUGUGCUCUUUUUGUUGCUGAAUAAAGCCUCCUUUGCAGAGCUCCUUUUGUGAGUGAGAUGCUAUUCCAGGAUCUGUGUUCUUCUUCCCAUUGGUGUGUGUACCCUAUGUAUUCUAGUGUGUGUUGGGACCUGCUCUCUCCCCACUUCCCACCAAUUAGAGACAGAGGCAAACCUGGAGGUAUAAAGUGGCCUAACACAAUAAUGGAGACUAAAACCUGAACUUUUGGUUUGGGAAGACUGAUAAAUCAUCCUGGAUUCUAUCAGAGACUUGAUCAAUAACUCAACCUAAGCAAAAUACUGCAGUUUUGUCCCUGGUAGUUCAGUCAAGUAGCGGCACCACAGUCAUGUUCAUAUUGUCCUUGAUAUGUUCAUGCUGUGGUAAUUCCCAUCCUCAUUGUUCACAUAUGGGAAAUAAAUGUUAGAUUCUUAUUUCUGGGCAGGUAUUUCAUGUUAGCUGUGUUUAGGCUACUAGCCUUAGCCUUAUUCUGCCCUCAGUCUCUCCCAGAGCAGAAACAGAGAGAGAGAUGUAGAGGCUAUGGUGUAAUUUUGUCUUGCCAAUAAAGUUAUUUUUGAAUUUCAUCGUCAGAGGGACAAAGGGUGUGUAUGGCGAACUGUAGCAAUACCUGACUCAUUCUGGCUACUCUUGUUUAUUGCAAUAAGAAAAUUAAACAAUAAAUGUGUAUGUGAGUAAAACAUUAUAAAUGUAAUUUAAAUGAAAAAGAACCUUUAUGGUAAAUGCUAUUGGUAUCAAGAGAAAACAUGGUGGAAAAAAGUAAAU